AAACGCGAUCCAGAGCGUGGCAAGUGGGGAGGGAGGAAAACCCCGCGCGAGAGCGAGCGGGACUCGCGUCGCGCCUCCGCCUUCGCGAAUUUCUGUUUCGCCUGCUCGGCGCGGCGGUGCGCGCGAGCGCUGAGCCGACCCGGAGAGAGGGAGGAGAGUGGGAGAGGGGAACCCUAGGCAGGAGCGCGGCGGGCGGCGGUGAUGGGGAGCAGGGGAGUCGGCGGGGUGGCGGCGUCGGCGUCGGCGGGGGACCCGAGCAGCCCGAGCGCGCGGGCGUGGGGCGAGGACGAGGCGGCGCCCGGGAAGGUGAAGCUGAUGUGCAGCUUCGGGGGCCGGAUCGCGCCGCGGCCCGGGGACGGGGCGCUGCGGUACGUGGGCGGCCAGACGCGCCUCAUCUCCGUCCCGCGCGCCGCCUCCUUCGGGGAGCUCCUGCGCAAGGUGGAGGCGGUGGACGAGGCCGCCGCCGCGCCCGCCCCCGGCGCCGGGGGCGUGCUCGUCAGGUACCAGCUCCCCGGGGAGGACCUCGACUCGCUCAUCUCCGUGUCGGGCCCCGAGGACUACGAGAACAUGAUGGAGGAGUACGAGAAGCUGGCCGCCGCCGCGCCCGACGGCUCCGCCAAGCUCCGGGUCUUCCUCUUCCCGGCCUCCGGGAGCGAGGCCGGCGGCUCCGGCUCCGGCUCCGGCUCCCACCAACUCGCCACCGCCGCCGUCGACGAGUCCGGGCAGCGGUACAUCGACGCCAUCAACUGCGUCUCCGCGGAGGCCGUCGCCGCGGCCAUGCGCCGCAAGGACAGCGUCGCCAGCGCCGGGUCCUCGGCGCACAACUCCGAGGCCUCUGAGUACAGCGGCCUCGUCGAAGGUAUGUCGCCACGGGCCGGACCGCCGCCGCCUCCCGUUGCAGCUGAAUACUCGUAUUCAGGUGGGGCCCAAUACCAUGGUGGCUUCCCAGAUUCGGUGGGGUUCAGUGCCGUCACCAUGUCAGCUCCAGCGAUGGGCAUUCCGGCGCAAAAUCCUAUACUGGUUAGGACAGAGCCAUCAUCAGUGCAGCCUCAUCAGGUUGCUGCUGCUUAUGCGACAUCACAGCAGCCACCUCAAGUUGCUUCUUAUUUGCAGCAGCAGCAGCAGCAGCAGCAGCCUCAAGUCACCCAAUAUGUGCCGCACCAGCAGCAUCAGGCAACUGCUUACGUGCAGCAGAUGCCGCAGUCGUAUAUAGAGCCGCAGCAAGUCCACUACAUCAACGCACAACAAUUUGGUGUUCAUGGUGCUCCCCAUUCUGUCAAUUUUGUGCCUGUGCAAAUGAGUCAGUUCAUGCCUAGCAUUCCAGCAACGAGUUCUAUGCCGACUGCGGUCACCCAACAAGUCGGUACGUUCAGGCCUGUUUCUGCUGGUGCAGAACCUGUACAGGAGAACGUGCAUUUUGCAAGGCAAGUGCAAGCUCCAGUUGAUCAGAGUUACCGGGUGCUGCAGACACCACUGUCGCAGUUUCCUCCUUUGCCUUCUAUGCAUCUGCAGACAAGUGAUGCACAGAGAUAUGGUGUUCAACCAGUGAUAACAAGCACAACAAGCACACCGGUGCUGACAAGCUCAGGGACAAUUCCUGUGGUGGUUAGCUCGACCACUGUUCCAUCUCUGAGGUAUGAUGAUUGCACAAUGUGCCAGAAAGCAUUGCCGCACGCUCAUUCGGAUAACAUUAUCCAGGAUCGGGGAAAUCCUCAUGCAGCGGGCAAUUCUGAGGCAGUUCCAAUGUUUUACAGCCUGCAUCAAGAUAGCACAUCCAACAAAUCUAGUCCUAGUGCAAGCUCAGGAACUCCUGCUAAUUACAUGGCAGAACCGAGAGCUGGGAACACAGGAGGGAUGAUGGGGCAAUUUGAGCCAACGCUUCCUGCCAGAAUACCUGCAGUCCAUGUAAAUGCAUCUCCUGAUGCAGGUGUGCAGGUUCAACCCACCAUGGUUGCUUUACCAGUUUCUAGUGCACCUACUCCAAAUGGAGUAUUUGUGCGUCAUCCUCCUCAGGCUGGGCCUGAAGAUCCUGCCAGGUACCAGCAGCAACCAUACUCUUAUAGCACGCAACCACCGCAAGUUCCAGUGAAUGGCCCACAAGUCAUUGAUGCCAGUGCAUACAAAAAUUCAAACCAUCCAGCAACAGAACCGCUUAGAGAAUAUGCUCGUGAUCUUCCUAAUGAUUAUGCCAGAGCUGUCGAUGCCCGUAUGCAAGGAGUUCAUUUGGGUCCCAUCGCCCCUCCAGAAUCUAGUGUUCAAGGAAGGCCUUCUGUUCCUCACAGUGCCAUUGACUAUGCAAAAGUUGAGAAGCCACCUGUAAAUAUUGGCAGUAGUUCUAUCUACGAAUCUCAAGCUGGAGGGUAUCAUAUGGGGAUUACCAAUGCCUUUACUGCUCCUGCUUUGACCCAAGAGGACAACAUUGCACGGCAUAGUGAACAACCACCUGCUUUUGAUGUUGGUGCACAAAAUGCUCAUCCUGACAUAAUCCAGCAUCCACUCAAUGUGGCAGUCCAAAACAACCUUAGAGUGCCCAUAGAACCACCUGUUUCCAAUGAAAAGGUUCCUGUGCGACCACCGUACUCCGGUGUUCAGGUUCCUGCUGGGCCGCCUCCACAACAUCCUAGGGAAAUGGUUGGUCACUUGGUUUCUGGUCCCCCUAAUGGCAGCAGUAAAUUUCCGCUGCAGGCUACUGCUGGUAUUGACCGUGUUGAAGGUACACGGGAACCAGCUUACACUGAUUCACUUUUCUCAAACCAGGAUCCUUGGAAAGCAGUGGGAAAUGCUUCUUUAGUGCCUCCAAGGCCAAUCAAGCUAGCUAAAGAGCCUGUUGCUUCUGGAGACCAAUAUAUGGAUGGUUAUGUUCCUGAUAUCAACACAAAUGCUGCUGCACUCUUAGAAGAAGGGAAUCUUUCACGCAUUCGGGACCCAGGGUUUAAGGAUAUCCACACAGUUAAAGUGAACAAAGGAUUUGGUGAGGAAAAUAUCAAGCGGCAAUUACAAGCUGUUGCUGAAGGGGUGGCAGCAUCAGUUCUUCAGUCACCCUUUCCAGAAAAACCAGCUGUGUUAUCUGGUGAUCAAAUAGAUUCACAUGGAGCAGUAGUUGAUGCAAAAGUUCAGGAUGAGGGGAACAAUCAGUCAGACAAAACAAGCCAGGGUGUUCAAGUUUUGGAUGAUAACCUUCAGAUAAUCAAGAACAGUGAUCUUGAAGAAUUGCGUGAACUGGGUUCUGGGACCUUUGGUACAGUUUACCAUGGGAAAUGGAGAGGUACUGAUGUUGCUAUUAAGAGAAUCAAUGAUCGAUGCUUUGCUGGGAAGGCAUCUGAGCAAGAACGCAUGAGAACUGAUUUCUGGAAUGAAGCUGACAAGCUUGCAUCUCUACACCAUCCAAAUGUUGUAGCCUUUUAUGGUGUUGUUCUAGAUGGGCCUGGUGGAUCUGUUGCAACGGUAACUGAGUACAUGGCCAAUGGUUCACUCCGACAGGCAUUACAAAGACAUGAAAACAGGAUAUUCGAUCGGCGUAGGCGUCUACUAAUUGCAAUGGAUGUUGCAUUUGGAAUGGAGUAUUUGCAUGGGAAGAAUAUUGUGCAUUUUGACCUAAAGAGUGAUAAUUUGCUCGUUAACCUAAGGGAUCCUCAACGCCCUAUAUGCAAGGUUGGUGAUUUGGGCUUAUCGAAGGUUAAAUGUCAGACACUAAUCUCUGGUGGUGUGCGAGGCACGCUCCCUUGGAUGGCUCCUGAGCUGUUGAAUGGCAGCAGCAGCCUUGUUUCUGAAAAGGUUGAUGUUUUCUCGUUUGGAAUCGUGAUGUGGGAGCUACUUACUGGUGAGGAGCCUUAUGCUGAGCUGCACUAUGGCGCCAUCAUAGGUGGGAUCGUGAACAACACGCUGCGUCCUCCGGUGCCAGAGUCCUGUGAUUCCCAGUGGAGGGCGUUGAUGGAGCAGUGCUGGUCAGCUGAACCGUCAGAGAGGCCAAGCUUCACAGAGAUUGGCAAGAGCCUGCGCGCCAUGGCGGCUUCUCCUACCAAGGUGCAACCACAGAAAUAGACGCUGCGGCUCACGCCGGGACGUUCAGCGGCCUGCCGGUCUCUGCAGCCUGGGAGGUUCCAUGACUUCUGUAUAUGAAAAAUAAGGUGGGGAAUGGGGAUAGACAAGAGAACGUGGCAAGCUUAUAGAGUCGGUGGAUGGUCGAUGCUUCCUGUCGUGCUUUUACCGGGCCACGGAAACAUAUGUGGCGUAAAGAGUGGACCGUGAGCAUGUACAUGAGGUGUUAUAUUGCAGGGUUAGCGUGCGAAUCUCGUGUACUCGUAGGCUCGUAGCCAUGGGGUCAGCCCUCGAUCCUGGGCGUUUUGAUGGGCCAGCGCCUUGCAAAAGAAGCGCUGUUUGAGCCUGCUUAGCACUUGCUUUGGGAAGAACCCAAGCUUCAGCCU